AUGAGGGUGUACCAUGGUAUACUGAACACAUUUGCGUACCCCUUUAGAUUGUGCAAGCGUGCCAACUUCAAUAUAACAACUUUCACAGAAAUGAGGGUGUACCGUGGUACACUGAACACGUUUGCGUACCCCUUUAGAUUGUGCAAGCGUGCCAACUUCAAUAUAACAACUUUAACAGAAAUGAGGGUGUACCGUGGUAUACUGAACACGUUUGCGUACCCCUUUAGAUUGUGCAAGCGUGCUAACUUCAAUAUAACAACUUUAACAGAAAUGAGGGUGUACCGUGGUAUACUGAACACGUUUGCGUACCCCUUUAGAUUGUGCAAGCGUGCCAACUUCCAAUACAACAACUUUAACAGAAAUGAGGGUGUACCGUGGUAUACUGAACACGUUUGCGUACCCCUUUAG